CUCGAUCACAUCUUAAGUGCGUCGCAGCAGGAGUCGAAACAGUUCCAGAAGAAAUCUUAACCAUGAGACGUUGGAGAAGCUUUGAAUUCAUACCACCCGACAUGUCUGAGCUGAGGAUUGUUCUGCUGGGGAACAGCUGGUCUGAGAGGAGUUCUGUGGGAAACGUCUUACUGAGAGAGAACAAGUUUAACACAGUGGAAGAAGCAGACUGCUGUGUGAGAGUCAGUGGACUGAUUCAAAGCAAAGAAAUUUCUGUCGUCAACACACCAGAUCUGCUUCAUCCCGACAUCUCUGAAGACAAACUAAGAGGACAUGUGGAAAACUGUGUGCGCCUCUCUGAUCCUGGACCUCAUCUGUUUCUGCUGGUUCUACAGCCUGAAGAUUUCACUGAGGAACAAAAACUGAGGCUCUGUGAAAUCCUGAACCGCUUCAGUGAUCACUCUUUUGACCAAUCACUGAUACUGAAAUCAGCACUCAGAGAAGGAGAUGAGUCUUAUAUGUACCGUGCAUCUUUACAGGACAUGAUCAGAAGGUGUAGAUAUCAGUCUCUGAGACUGAAAUACCUUGAAGUUCAUGAGCUGCUGACAAAAAUGAAGCAAAUUAUAGAGAGGAAUGAUGGAAAGCAUGUGAUUUAUCAACAUCCAAGCAGAACUGGAAUCCCUGUUAAUUUUAAUUGUGCUCCGUCUCUUGAACAUGGACUCAGGAUCAUGCUCUUUGGAAAGAGCCACAAACAGAAGACAUCACUCUGUGCCUUUAUUACAAAUAAAAAAGCCAGGCUAGUUUCCCAUCAUGGAACUUGGAGAGGAAAACCUUUAACAGUAGUGAAAACUUCAGACAUGUUCAGUCUGGCAGUGGAAACUGUCAUAGAAGAGAUGAAGCACUGUGUGAGUCUCUGUCCUCCUGGACCAAAUGUUCUGCUGCUGUUAGUGAAACCUUCUGAUUUCACUGAGAAGAACAGAAAAACUCUGAAGUUCAUUCUGAGUUUGUUUGGUGAAGAUUCCUUUAAACACUCCAUGGUCAUCAUCACACAUGACAAUGAAACAAGUUCCUCUGUCGGUGAACUCCUCAAAGACUGUGGAGGAAGACACUAUAACAUGUUCGAAGAAGACCACAAACAGUUAAUGAAGAAGAUUGAGGACAUCGUGCAUCAGAACAAAGGAAAAUUCCUCACAGUCACUGAAGAGGCCAUCAGACCACAACCUGAACACAUCAAACCAUCUUUGAACCUGGUUCUGUGUGGGAGGAGAGGAGCAGGCAAGACUUCAGCAGCCAAGGCCAUUUUAGGUCAGACUGAGCUUCAUUCAGUCUCCAACACAGAGUGUGUUAAACAUCAGGGAGAGGUGUGUGGACGUCGGGUUUCCCUGGUGGAGCUUCCUGCCUUGUGUGGAAAACCUCAGGAGGCAGUGAUGGAGGAAUCACUCAGGUGUAUCUCCCUCUGUGAUCCUGAGGGUGUCCAUGCCUUCAUCCUGGUCCUACCUGUGGGUCCCCUCACUGAUGAAGACAAAGAAGAGUUAGGUACCAUCCAGAACACAUUCAGCUCUCGACUCAGUGACUUCACCAUAAUUCUGUUCACUGUGGAGUCAGAUCCUACAGCUCCAGCUAUUGAUAACUUUGUAAAGGAAAACAAGGACAUCCAGGAGCUUUGUCACACCUGGGGAGGAAGAUAUGUUGUUCUCAACAUCAAGAAGAAGGAAGCAAUUGUUGAGCUGAUGGACAAAGUGGAACAGAUGAGAGUUGAAGGACCCACAAGCUUCACAAUUGAGAAGUUAUGCAAAGCUCAGAUUGAGCGUGUUACAAGACUUAAAGCUGAACUGAAGGAAGUUAAAUGCAAAACUGAGGCUGGAUCUGAUAAAAAUCAAACCCGAGAUUCCAUCAGGAUGGUGCUGAUUGGGAAAACUGGUACUGGGAAAAGUGCAACUGCAAACACCAUUUUGGGCAAAAAGGUGUUUGUAUACAAAGCCAGUCAGAAAUCUGUGACCAGCAAAUGUCAAAAAGCAGCAGGAGAGAUUGAUGGACGUCAUGUUGUUGUUGUUGACACCCCCGGCUUAUUUGACACGACUCUGUCCAAUAAUGAAGUUCAAGAGGAGCUUCUGAAAUGCAUCAGCAUGUUGUCUCCUGGACCUCAUGUGUUCCUACUGGUGCUGCAGAUCGGCCGCUUUACAGAGGAGGAAAAAGAUGCUGUGAAAAAGAUCAAGAAGACAUUUGGCAAGAACUCAGGUAACUUCAUCAUUGUUACCUUCACCAGAGGAGAUGACCUCGAAGAUCGAUCCAUUGAAAGUUACAUAAAGGAAGAAUGUGCUGACUUUGUAAAAUCUCUGAUUAAUGAAUGUGGGGGCAGAUACCACGUCUUCAACAACAAAGAUCCGACUAACCGCACACAGGUCAGAGAGCUGCUGAACAAAACUGAAGCCAUGCUGAAGGAGAAUGGUGGUAGCUACUACACUACUGAGAUGUUCCAAGACGCCGAGGCAGCGAUACAGAAGGAGGUGGAGAGACUGCUGAAAGAGAAAGAUGAAGACAUGAAAAGGGAGAGAGAGGAGCUACAACAGAAACACAAGGAAGAACUGGAAAAAAUAAAGAGAGAAAUGGAAGAACAGAUCUCCAAAUUUGAAUCUGAGAAAGAGCAAAGUAUGAAACAGCUCCAGCAGAUGGAGGACUGCUUUAACCAGGAGCGAGAGAAGAGAGAGAGAGAACAGAAGAUCAGAGAAGAAGAAGACAGAAAGACGAGAGAAGAGGAAGAAAUUCAGCAACGACAGUGGAAACAAAAACUUGAAACUUUGGAGAAGCAAAUAAAAUCUGAGUCAAAGGAAGAGCUCAUGAGACAGCUGGAGCAGACCAGAGAAGAAAUGAGAAAAGAGAAAGAGGCCUGGGAGAUGGAGAGGAAAGAAUGGUGGAAAAAAAGGUGUCAGGAAAACAUACAAAGACAGGAAAUGGAAGCUAUAAAAAUUAAAGAGCUCAAAGAAGAAUAUGAAAAGGAAAGAGAAGCAUAUCACAGAAUAAUAAGAGAACACUGUAUCAGAAUCGAGCAGGAGGGGAAAAAGCGAAAAAAAUUAGAGAAUGACUACAAGAAGAAAAUGGAGGAAAUGAAGCAGAAAUAUGAAGAUGAGGCCAGAAAUCAAGCAGAAGUCUUCAAUGAAUUCAGAGAGAAAUACACCAGGGACUUUGAAUCCCUGAUAGAAAUGUAUAAUGAGGAGAUAAGGGAUCUGAAGGAAAGAUAUGAGAAAUUGAUGCAAGAGCAAAAUAAACAAAAACACGAGUAUACUCUUUUGCACAACCUUUCCAGCCACAAAGAAGAAAUUCUGAAGAAAGAAUUUGAGGAAAUGCAAAAAAAGCAGGAAGAAGAAAUUGAACAAGUAAAACAGAAAAGCAGGUGCAUCAUUGCCUGAUAACUUUAAAUAAUGUGGAAGAACACGAGAGGACUGACCUGGAGCUUCAGACCAGUGUUUGAAAGGCAAAGUGAAUAUAAAAUAAAAAUAAACCCACACACAACAGUUGCUCAAAACUGACUGAACAGAAGAGACAUUGAAGAACAACACAAGUCAGUUUAUUAAACAAAGACACAACAUGGGGUGGCUUCAAUAAGGAAAUUCAUUAAAAAAAAAAAAGAUCAUAAAAAUCAUAAAGUGAUACACAUGUAGGGACCACUGAGAAUGCUAGAGACUAUCAUUGUUUUUUUCACUUUACACACCAGCUGGACUUUAUGGGGCACAUUUGAAUGUUUGUUUUUUUUGUUUUUUUGGCUGACUAAACAUGUUUGUCCUACAGCAGCCACUGUAGAUACCAUAGAUUUUGCGCUUGAGUUACCAGAGGUAAGAAAAUAGAACUAGUUGACUGACAUCUAAUGAUGAGAUUUUACACAGUUUAACUUUAAGAAGAAUGAUUUUAACCUAGUUAUUAUCAAAAAUGUAUCCAGUAAAAAAGUAUAUAAAAUUGUCAUGAUCCUGAGGCAGUGGGCCUGCGUUUUGAGUUCUCUUAGUGAUUCUUAGUUUUUCUUACAGUCUAGUUCCUCAGUUGUUGUAGUUUUGUAUUGUUUUGGUUAAUAUUAGGUUAUUCUGAUUUUCCUGGGUUCCCAUCUUCCUGUGUCUUUAUGCUCCUGUGUCUGUGCUCCUCUGUGUAUCUGUCUCCCCACGUUCUUGUGUGCUGGUGUUUGUCUUCAUUGUUUGUGUCUCAGGUGUCUGUGUCUUCCCUGUUCAGUUGUUCCCUGUCUGGUGUCAGCUUAGGAGUUGUUGGAUUCUGUUUAGUCGUGUUUAGAUUCCCUCUGUGUGCCAGUCUCCUUAUGUGUCAAGUGUGUGUGUACCAUAGUGGGUUACUUCCUGUCUUAUUUUGACAGUUCCUUAUCCUGUGUGCUUGUGUUUUGCGUUACCUCCCUGAGUCUCGUUAGUGUUAUUCUGUUCACCUGUUACCCCAGCUGUUUCCACUCACCCCUCGUUUCCUCUGUGUAUUUAUUGUCUGAGUUUUGCCCUGGUCAGAUGUCAGUCUUGUUGUCCUGUGUUUCCCUGUGUUCUCCAGACCUCCUUAGUUAUUUUCCAGUGUAGGUUUCUUUGUUUUGCUGCUCCAGUUUAUUUUGCCAUUCCCUUUUUCUUUUGCCAUAAUAAAGGCUGAUUUUGGUUCACCUUUUAA